UCUGCAAAGUUCCUUGACAUUGCUACUCAAUGGUCUUGUUCGUGGUCGGAAACCAUCUCACCUACCAUUGUACCAAACAGUCGCGCAUUCAAGCUGGGAACUUGCGCAUCGUACGUAGGGCGGAUCGCCGAACAUCGAGGCUCAAGCCCGCAGUCCGUUCGAUCAUCGCACGCCCCUCAGGACGCAAGCGGUGACAACGCGCAUCAUCCUUGUCAGAGCUUCACAUUUAUAUGUAAAUUUCGUCGAAAACCUCGGUGAACACUAGCGAGAGACAACACAUAGUAGAAAA